UCCUCUUUAUGCUCUGCCUUUGCCUGCCAAUUUCCCAUGCAUAUAUAUAUAUAUAUAUGAAUACCAAACCCCUCGAACCAGGAACAAGAAAAACACGCCACCAAGUCAGAACCUUCCGGAGGAGCUGCCAAAGUUUCUUACCGUUACUCUCAGAAGCUCGGACGACCCUCCCAUAUGUCAAAACGAUCGAGUUUGUGUUGAUUUCCCGCGAAAAUUAGAUAUUUUUGUAUUGACGAAUGGUGGGCUCGAAGCAGUACUUCCCUUCGUGGAUUGGUGCGGCUGCUACCAGGGUUGAUUUUGAGGGGAAGGUUUCGUCUAUGUCGUCGUCUAGUAAUCCCAAUGACGAUCACACUGGCUCUUCGGGUGCGCCGCCUCGGAGCCAUCCUGAUGCCGAAUUGACUUUUAGAGAGAGAGUUUUGUCUGCAGCUGGUGCUGCUUUUGUUUCUGCUAUCAUCGUUAAUCCUCUGGAUGUGGCCAAGACAAGACUGCAAGCUCAGGCUGCUGGGGUUUCUUAUCAAAGCAUUUGCCGCAUGGGUUGUGAAACAAAUACGGGGGUACCGGAUGCAAGAUAUCCCGUUAUCCAAGCAGUUUCUAAAUCAGGAUCAGCAUGCCCUUUGGGAUGUUACACUAACCAGUACAGGGGAACCCUUGACGUCUUAUACAAAGUUAUACGUCAGGAAGGAUUUACAAGAUUGUGGAGAGGCACGAACGCAAGUUUAGCAUUGGCUGUGCCAUCUGUUGGAAUCUACAUGCCUUGUUAUGAUAUCUUCCGCAACAUCAUGGAUGAUUAUACGGCUCAGAAUGCUCCAAACUUAACACCCUAUGUUCCACUGGUUGCAGGAACAUUAGCACGGUCAUUGGCUUGUAUCUCUUGUUAUCCUAUUGAACUUGCAAGGACACGCAUGCAGGCAUUUAGAGCUAGCCAAAAUGGCACGCUUCCAGGCGUGUGGAAGACAUUGCUUGGAAUCAUCAAACCUGCAAAUGGCACAAGCCUCCUUCAGAAUUUACAUAACUACCGUUUCUGGUGGACUGGCGUGGGAGCAACACUUGCUCGGGAUGUUCCGUUUUCUGCAAUUUGUUGGUCAACCCUUGAGCCAAUAAGGAGAAAAAUUCUUGGUCUGGUAGGUGAAGAAGCAAGUGCAGCCACUAUCCUUGGGGCAAACUUUUUAGCUGGUUUUGCUGCUGGAACCUUGGCAGCUGCUGUCACAUGUCCACUAGAUGUGGCAAAAACUCGGCGACAAAUAGAGAAGGAUCAUGAACGGGCAUUGAAAAUGACAACGAGGACAACAUUGCUGGAGAUUUGGAGGGAUGGGGGAUUAAGAGGGCUAUUUGCAGGAGUUGGCCCCCGCUUAGGUCGCACUGGCCCUUCGGUAGGGAUAGUUGUCUCGUUCUACGAAGUUGUCAAGUAUACUUUACAUCACAGACUACACGCGCAUUGAUCUUCCAGGCUUUCAACCCCAUUUGAAUGGAAGGUCUUGCUUUUGCUCAUGGGAUUAGCUUCAAUUGUGGCUAGACAAUCAAUCUCAACACCAGAAGCCAACAGUGUUUUGACAUCGCAAGAAGUCAGAGCUUGUGAGGCUAAAUGAUUCAAAGGAGCAAAAUGAUUGAUCAAGGUUAUUUGAAAGCGUCUGAACACCCCCUCCCCCGGCGGCUAGACAAAAUGUGUACACACUUCAUUUGCAAAAUAAUCGGAGAAUCAUUACAUUUUAUGAGGUUAAUGAGGAUGGUGUGAUUCUUGGACGUGUACGUUCCUGUCAGGAGGCAAAAGAAUGCUAAAUUUGCAAUGAAGCCUUUGUUUCAGAUUGCUUUUUGUUUUCCUUUCUUCUAUUGGUUAAUUUUCAUUCAGCUCUAUAAUUUGUCCUCAGUCUGAUGGAAGUUGUAUGCGUUUUGACAACAUAUAUUCGUUAGAAAUAAUAAACACCACCACUAGCUAUGUUUCACUGA